AUGGAUACAGAGGUGAAAGAAGAGGAAAGUGGAUCACAAGUGCCACCAUCAAAGCGUUUCAGACGCGACGAUAAUGUUGAUCCUACUAAUCCGGAUCCGUCAAUUGUUGUUCAUGUCCGAAAUUUGAGUCCGAAAGCCACUGAAGCUGAUUUAUUGGAAGCACUGUCCCAUUUUGGUCCGAUAUCGUACGCUACUUGUAUGCCUGGAAAACGAAUGGCACUGGUGGAAUUUGAGGAAGUGGAAGGUGCACGUUCAUGUGUCGUAUAUGCUCAAACGAAUCAAAUUUAUGUUGCUGGACAAGCGGCUCUAUUCAAUUAUUCUACAUCUAAAAUGAUCCAACGAUUGGGACUUGAGUCGGAGACGCCAAAUCAUGUGCUUAUAUUGACCAUCUACAAUGCUCAGUAUCCUGUUAAUGUUGAUGUCAUCCACCAGAUAUGCGAACCACACGGUUUUGUGAAGCGUAUUGCUAUGAUACGCCGUACGAUGUUGCAAGCGUUAGUUGAAUUCGAAAGUGCCGAAAUCGCGAAGAAGGCAAAACACGCAAUGAAUGGGGCUGAUAUAUAUUCUGGAUGUUGUACACUCAAAGUCGAAUUUGCUAAGCCAGAACACGUGAAAGUGACUCGAAAUGACAUGGAUCAGUGGGAUUACACAAAAGCGCCGCAGUCAGGUGAUUGCAAAGUUACAGGGCAUAGUAUGAAAGUUAAAUCCAUACAAACUACACUGACGGUCACUAUGAGUGGAUCGAAGCAGCAUCAAUAUCCUCAGCAUCAGCAGCAACAUAAGAGGUUCAUCGUAGAAGGCAUAUUUUCUGAGUUGGUGCAGAAAACAGUCAAAACAACAGGUAAAAACAACGAUUGCCAACUUAAAAAGGAAGGGAUAGAAGGACGAAGAAACGAGAACUAUUGUGAGGGCUUAUCACCGAGCUUCUUAAUUAUUGGCCUUAAACGUGAACGCAUCCCUUUUCUGCAGGUUUCUACCGCAAAAGAGCUUGCGGUGUGGAAGAAAUUAUGUAGCGGUGAAUACACGGAGGAACCGCGGAAGACGUUGCUGAAUGAUGCGGGACCACGAGGAGGACCGCCUGGACCACGUGGACCUCCGAGCUACGGAGGAUAUGGUGGACGAGGUCGUGGCGGUCCACCUGGAGAUUAUGGUUAUCAUGAUGAGCGCUAUGGUGGCAGUUAUGGUAGAGGUCGUGGCAACUAUGAUGAAUAUGAUGGAGGAUAUGGAAGAACUGAAGGAUAUGGAAGGGGAGAUGGUUACUCUCGUGGUGAUGGAUAUUACAGUAGAGGAGGCGGACGAGGUGGAUUUGGUCGCGGUGAUAGUGGCUAUGGUCGAGGAGGGUAUGCACGUGGAAGAGGAAGUGGAACUGGUCUCUACGAAGAUGAACGUGAUUAUUACAAUGGUGAUGGUCCUGUAAUGAUGAUUUAUGGUAUUGAUCAGGAUAAUUUCAACUGCGAUAAAUUAUUUAAUCUCUUAUGUCUGUAUGGUAACUGCAAUAAGAUUAAAUUUAUGAAGUCGAAGACAGAUACGGCAAUGGCCCAAAUGGGUAGUGUGCGCCAAGUCUACACAACAAUCGACAACUUGCAUGGUACCAUGAUUUUCGGCAACAAACUUGCCCUCAGACCAUCAAAGCAACAAAUUUUGCACGAAAUACGCGAUCCAUUCAUAUUGCCGGAUGGAACACCUUCAUACAGAGAUUAUACCAAUAGCCGCAACCAGCGUUAUACGACGCCCGAAUUGGCGGCACGAAAUCGGAUUGUGAAACCAACGCACGUAUUGCACUGGUACAAUGCUCCUGUGACGAUGACAGAAGAGAAGCUCAAAGACCUAUUUGUCGACAAGGGAGCUGUAACACCAGACAAAGUGGUCAUUUUUCCGCAACGUUCGGAACGUAGUUCAGCUGGAAUCUGCGAAUUUUCUAGCACCGAACGCGCAACGGAAGCGCUCAUGUUAGCCAACCACACGCCAGUUGAAAGCCCUGUUGGCAAGGCGCCAUACAUCGUGAAGUUGGCAUUUGCUGGCGGUCGUGAUGGGAAAGAUUUUCGAAUGUGA